AAAAUCCAACUCACCACCACUGCGCUACUCUCUUUUACUUCCUUUCUUUCUUGUUUGGUUCUUUACCUUUUUCAAACUCUGCUGCUUUUUUAUUCAUUUCUUCUCCCCUGUCUCCAAUGGCUUUUCUCUGUUCCCAUUCUUCUUGUUCCGUUCUUGGGUUUUGUUUGGUUCUUCUAUGCUGGGUUUUGGCCCAAUCCCACAGAGCUUCGUCAGCUGUGAUAAUGAGCUUGAGGAACCACCAUAACACCCAUCACCAUAGAAGGGAACCCAUGUUCCAGACCAACCAAAGCACUUGUGCAUUGUUCGCCGGGACUUGGGUUCGAGAUGAAAGCUACCCAUUGUAUCAGUAUUCCGAUUGUCCGGCUAUCGAUGCUGAAUUCAACUGCCAAAUGUAUGGUCGCCCGGAUACUGAUUACCUCAAGUAUCGUUGGAGACCCCUCAAUUGUGAGCUCCCAAGGUUCAAUGGGGUUGAGUUUUUGCUCAAAAUGAAAGGAAAAACAGUGAUGUUUGUAGGUGAUUCACUUGGACGGAAUCAAUGGGAGUCUUUGAUUUGCAUGGUUUCAGCUUCAGUACCUGGUUCACAGACCCAAAUGAACAGAGGGGAUCCUAUCUCGACGUUCAAGUUUUUGGACUAUGGUGUGUCCUUGUCAUACUAUCGAGCCCCAUAUUUGGUGGACAUAGACAUGUUUCAAGGGAAGAGAAUUCUAAAGAUUGACGAGAUCUCCGGCAACGGCAAUGCGUGGCGCGCCGCCGAUGUGCUGUCGUUUAACACCGGCCACUGGUGGAGCCACAAAGGAUCUCUCCAAGGGUGGGACUACAUGGAAUCAGGAGGAAAAUACUACCAAGAUAUGGAUCGUGUGGUUGCUUUAGAGAAAGGGAUGAGAACAUGGGCCAAUUGGGUGGACGCUAACAUUGAUAGAACUAGAACCAGAGUCUUCUUUCUAUCUAUUUCUCCUACACAUUACAGCCAAAAUGAUUGGACUGAUGAUGGGACAAUGGCUGCAACAAUGGCUGCAACAACAAAGAACUGUUAUGGUGAAACCUCACCGAUGAUCAGCGGGUCGACCUAUCCAAUUGGGGCUUACCCGGCGGAGAUGAGGGUGGUGGACAGUGUGAUAAGGGAUAUGGAGAGCCCUGCAUACUUGCUUGACAUAACAAUGCUUUCUGAGCUUAGAAAAGAUGGUCAUCCAUCAAUUUAUAGUGGCGAUUUGAGUCCUUCGCAGAGGGCUAACCCUGCUCGCUCUGCCGAUUGCAGCCACUGGUGCCUUCCUGGUUUGCCUGACACUUGGAACCAAUUAUUCUACACUACUCUAUUUUUCUAGUUUUGUUGUAGCCUAACAUAGCCAUAUAUAAUAUACUUAUGUAUAAGAUUUAAAUUUUUUUACUUCUAGAGCUAUGCUUUGUGAGAGGUUUGACAAAAGUCAAACCUCACAAUCUUGUAAAGUGAAAUGUAAUGCAUUGACAUUGUUUAAGGGGAAGUACCAAGCAAUUUCCCCGUUACCCGUUACCUAGCUAAAAAUAUUAUAGGCGGGAACUUCAUUGUAGUUGGUUAGUUUUCAAUUAAUCAGAAAUUUCCAUUUAAAAGCA